UAGAAGAAUUCAAGGUGGUAAGCACAGAAGUCGUAGUCGCCAUCUGAUCAAGGCACUGACCAGACUGUGAAAGCUUCAAGGAGAUUGCGCUAUUAUGUGCCUUCAGACUGCAUCCUGAAUUUCUUGUGUUUCCUUUCACUUCUUGGUUUCUAAAGGAAGAAAUAAAGACUGGAAAAGAAAUGCAGGAAGAAGAUUUAAGUGAAAAGGGACUGUUUGUUGCUUCUAUUAUGAGUAGAGUUAGAAAUCUAAAAAGCAAAUAUAAAAAUGAGGAAAAUAUUACAGAUGAACUUAAUAAGGUAUCAGCUGAUACAACAGAUAACUCUGGAACUGUUAACCAAAUCAUGAUGACUGCAAAUAAUCCUGAAGAUUGGUUGAGUUUUUUACUUAAAUUGGAGAAAAAGGGUUCUCCUCAGACUGACACCAGCUUAUUGAAUAGAUUAAUUGGUCGUUACAGCCAAGCAGUUGCAGCAUUAUCUGCUGAAAAAUAUAGCCAGAAUGAAAGUUAUGCCCACAUUCUGGUUAGAUUUGCAGAACUGAAAGCAAUUGAAGAACCAGAAGAAGCGCGUGAUCAAUUCCACCUUGCUAGGUUGAACUGCAAGAAAUUUGCUUUUGUCCACAUAGCUUUUGCCCAGUUUGAACUCUCACAAGGAAAUGUGAAAAAGGCCAAACAGCUGCUUGAAAAAGCUGCAGAAUCCAGGGCAGUUCCAUUAGAAAUGCUGGAAAUUGCUCUAAGAAACUUAAGCUUACAGAAAAAACUACUGCUCCCUAUUGAAGAAAAAGAGAAUUUGAUUGCCCUAGAUUCUCACAAGAUUGUUGGAAGCUUCAUGAAUAGGAAUAAAACGAUUGAUUCUGGGGAGGUUACUGCUAAUGCUCCAAGCUUUUGUCCCAAAGAAAAGAAUGAUUCCAUUCAAGAGACUGAAUUGAUUUUGGAUGGCUGCAAACCCUUGAAACCAUCAAACAAACCUAACCAGAUGUGUACCUUUGGGAGAGUUCCUAUCAAAUUAAUAAGUGACAGUGAGAGUGAGAGUGAUGAUACAGAUGUUUCAGCAGAGAUGGACAUUCAACAUGUUUCCGAAAGGCAAAUAUCUGAUACCAAUUUGAACCACUUGCCAUUGCAUGAAUCAAAACCUAAUGGAACUGAUUCGUAUCUGCCAGAGGAUCUGAAGUGUUUACCAAGCAGACAUCUUACAGAAUUGCAACUGUCAGAUGAAGAGAGCUCAGACGUAGCUAUGAAUUCAACUCUAACACUGAAGAAUAAACAUGAUUCCACUUACAGUAAUAAAAUAAAAGAAGUUGAAGAACAGCAGGAGGAGCCAGGAGCCCUGGAAACAGAUUGUCUGGGGAGAUGGCGCAAGCAGCAUUUUGUUUCCAAAAGAAAUGUCCAAAAAGAGAAGGAACAGCUCAGAUUAAAUUGCCUCGCAUUUGGAAAUAAAUGGUCUCAGCAUGAAACAAUGCAUAAAAGAAAUUCAGAGGGGAAAUCCUCAAAUUCUGAACUCCCAGAAUUUCCAGUUGUUAAAAGAUUUUCAGCCCCAGAGCCAACUCCACAGAAAUGCUCACCACCAGAGACCAAUGGCAGAAGAAAUUGUCCACCAUAUGUUGGCACAACCCCAAGCAACAGCACACUGCAUAACUAUAUGGCCUGUUUCCGUACUCCAGUUGUUACAAAUGAUUUUCUUGCUGGAAAGACAACCAUACCGUACAACCAGUUUCCUUAUUUGCAGCCUUGUACUCCAACAACACAAUUUCAAGUGCAAACUGGAAUACAGAUCUCAGCAUCUACACCAUCAAAUGAAUGUAUUGCUAUUAAAGGUAAAUGGUAUUCUGUGUUGAAACAAAUUGGCAGUGGCGGCUCUAGUAAGGUAUUCCAAGUACUUGAUGAAAAAAAGCAGCUUUAUGCCAUCAAAUAUGUGAAUCUAGAAGAGGCAGAUCAUCAGACUAUAGAAAGCUAUAAAAAUGAAAUUGCUCAUUUAAAUAAACUUCAGCAACAUAGUGAUAAGAUCAUCCGGCUGUAUGACUAUGAAAUUGGUGAGAAGAGUAUCUACAUGUUGAUGGAAUGUGGAAAUAUUGAUCUGAAUAGCUGGCUUAAAAAGAAAAAGACAGUCAAUCCAUGGGAGCGGAAGAGCUAUUGGAAAAAUAUGUUAGAAGCCGUCCAUACGAUCCACCAACAUGGUAUUGUUCAUAGUGAUCUGAAGCCCGCAAACUUUUUAUUAGUGGACGGAAUGCUAAAACUGAUAGAUUUUGGCAUUGCAAACCAAAUGCAGCCAGAUGUGACUAGCAUUGUUAAAGAUUCACAGAUUGGCACAGUUAAUUAUAUGCCACCAGAGGCAAUCAAAGACAUGUCUUCUACUGGAGAAAAUGGCAAGUCAAGAUCAAAGAUAAGUCCCAAAAGUGAUGUUUGGUCUUUAGGCUGCAUACUAUAUUGUAUGACUUACGGAAGAACUCCAUUUCAGCACAUAACAAACCAGAUCACAAAGCUUCAUGCCAUAAUUGACGCUAGUUAUGAAAUAUCACUUCCUGAGAUUGAAGAAGAAGAUCUCCGGGAUGUCUUAAAGCGUUGCUUAGUAAGAGAUCCUAAACAAAGAAUAUCUGUCUCUGAGUUGUUGGUUCAUCCUUAUGUGCAUAUCCAAUCCAGUUCAUUAACAGGGCAUUCUGAUACAAAAGGUACAACAGAGGAAAUGAAACGUAUCCUUGGUCAUCUUAUUGGCUUGAAUUCACCUAACUCAAUUUCUAGAGCUGCUAGAACUUUAUAUGAGCAGUGCAACAACGGCAAAGGUUUAGACAUGUCUGCUUUUGCAAACUCUGAUGAUCAAAAAUCCCGGAGUACAAAGUGAUAUGUAGAAUUUAGUUUUUACAAAUAUCAGCAAAAAUAAAGGAUACUAUUCUAGACAAAGGCUGUUGUUCCUAUUUAAACAAAUCUGUCUGGCUUCUCAAAAGUCUGUGGGAUCAGCUAAAGGUUUUUCGCCAUUUGUUCAUCCAAUAUUUGUGUAUCAGUCUUAAUGGAACGGAUAGUCCUGCUAUAUAAUUGUAAUGGACUGGGUCAAUACUACUGUAUUUUGAUAGAAAAUACAUGUUCGGGACUUCUUAAAAGAUUACAUUUGGCUGUGGUUCCUAAAAUACAGCAAAAGAUGUUGACUUUGUUGUAAGCCAGUGUUGAACAAAACACAAUCCCUCAGAUGUUUUGGCUUUCAGCUUCCAUCAGCAGUAGGCAGUGGUCAGCUGGCCCACAAUAUCUGGGUGGCCACUUUGUUCAUCACUGUUCUACUACCUAUCCAUAUUUAUCCUGAAGAGUAAAUUCAUCAUUUCUUUCCCAUCAGAUGUAGUUAAAAUAAUAAUUUUCAGAUAUCUCUGGUGUGAAAACUAUAUAUGAUAGUUUUACAGUUCAGCUCUUUUUUACUUCAUCUUAUUUUAUUUUGUACAUACUACCAUGUAGUUUCAGUUUAUAAUGUUUCAGUUUAUAAAUGACACUGGAUAUCUUGGUGAACAUGCAAAAAAAAAGAACCUUGUAA